CUGAAUUUUCAAAGACCUAACCUUUUUAUAGUAAAUUUUUUUUUAACAGUUUUCUCAUUUGUUGGAAGAGAAGCAUGAGUGGAGAAUGUGAAUCUGCUAUUACGAAAACAGGAUGGGGCUUAUGCAAUUUUUCUGUUAUCACUUUGUGUGGUAUCUGCAUGAUAGCAGAAGCUGGAGCUUCUAUAAUUAUCUUAAUAGUUUCUCCACUACUGAAUUGCGAUCUAAAGUUUGAAAGUAACUCUGUGACGGAAAUGAAUGCAACUGUGUCUCUUGGAAUGGCAUUUGGUGGAUUUACCUUCGGGACUCUGGUCGAUAUGAAUGGUCGUAAAGAAUCAAUUCCUGUGGCAAUGAUUGUUAUAUUUUGUGGUUCGAUAGGUCUCGCUUUUGCCCAUACAUAUUUUUUAGUGAAUUUGAUGAUAUUCGUCCUGGGAAUAGGAGUAGCGGGUACCAAUUUAAUAUUCAGAAUAUACAUGAUCGAAUGCUUGCCAGCUAGGAAAAGAGGAUCCUGUCUGGCUGUGCUCGAUUUUUGUUGGAUCGCGGGAUACGUAAUUUUCCUAGGAAUAUGUGGGGCUAUGACACCUUCGGCAAUAGAGUUACAAGGGAAUGAUUUUCGGCCAAUUUCCUGGCGUGUUAUGUCAGGAUUAGGAGCAGCUCCCAUUUUAGUCAUGGCUUGUGCAAUGAGUCUUUUACCACCGAGUCCUAGAUUUCUUCUUUAUAAAAGGCAUCCAGAACAGGCAAUCUCUGUUCUGCGACAAAUGUUUGCUAUUAAUUUUUCAAGGCAUGCUGAUAAAUAUCCGGUUACGAUUCGUAGUUUGGAAGGAUGUAUAGAAGUUGAUGAAGAUGAAGAGCCAAAUGCAAACAAAAGUAUCAGAAAACUCAUCCACAAAUAUCUGUCAAAGAGUCUGAAACGAAUGAAGAAAAUACUCACGCCGCCUUGCUUACGUGUCACUAUUUUGUGUAUUCUUGCCUGCUGCUUUCAUUUUCCAGGAUUUAUUUGGGUGGCUUUGUGGAAUACGCACAUUUUAAAAGAAACUAGAAAUAAUACGGGAUCUAUAGUUUGGAAGAGCAACUUCACGUGCAUUUCAGACUCUGAAUCCAUGGCCUUGGCUUUUCUCAAUAACAAUUGUACCCAAGCGAACAAUGCUUACUUUCUUUCUUUUUUAUUGUGUUCCUUGAGCUUUGCUGUGGGCGAAAUAAUUCUGAUCAUUGCUAUCGAUAUAAUUGGUAGAAGAUUAUUUCUAAUAUUAUCCGGGUUAAUUGGAAGUACAGCCUUAGUAGCCUUCACCUUUACUACUCGCCACGUCACAAGGAACGUUUUGUCCAUAUGUUUCUUAUCAUCUUUCGCCAUAAGCUACACGACAGUGACAAUAAUAAUAUUGGAAAACUACCCCACUGGCCUGAGAGGCACGAUUAUGGGUUUCUCAAGAAUUCUUCCACACCUGGUUGGGUACUUCAUGAAAAUCCUUAUGAAGCUCCCCUGCCUACCGACACUUUACAUUGCAUCUGGCAUAAUGAUAGGUGCUACAAUUGCAGCGAUUCCUCUUCCCGAUUUGACAAAAGCUCCAAUGAAAGAAUGAAGAGUCGAAUUUCCAAGUGAGAAGCUUUGCUUUUGAACUGUUUCGACUAGCAAAAUUCCCUUUUCCAUUCAAUAAACGAAAAAAGUCAAACAACUGA